GUGGCCGGCUGGCUGGGCGGGACGCCGCCUGGGGACUGGACGCUGCUGCCCGGCUGGCCAGCGGCUCUGAGCCCCACCAGGUGGGUGACAGCGGGAGGUCCCAGCGUCCCUGCAGGCCAGCAGCUGGCUGCCCACCCCUCUCCUGCACCAUGUCGGAUGGCGAGGGCCCCUCGGCCGAUGACAGCGCCUCCGCGGCAAGCAGCGUGGAGGUGACGGACCGCAUCGCCUCCCUGGAGCAGCGGGUCCAGAUGCAAGAGGACGACAUCCAGCUGCUGAAGUCCGCCCUGGCCGACGUGGUCCGGCGGCUGAACAUCACCGAGGAGCAGCAGGCCGUGCUGAACCGGAAAGGACCGACCAAAGCAAGACCGCUGGUGCAGGCCCUGCCUCUGAGAACCACCGUCAACAACGGCACUGUGUUACCAAAGAAACCGAGCGGCUCCCUGCCGUCCCCCUCCGGCACCAGGAAAGACAUGGCGGUGACGGCGACACCCAAAAGCACCAUCAAGCGGACCAGCUCUUCCGAACGCGUGUCCCCCGGCGGCCGCAGGGAGAGCUACGGGGACCCCAAAGGCAACCGGAACCGCACGGGCUCCACCAGCAGCUCCUCGAGCGGCAAAAAGAACAGCGAAAGCAAACCCAAGGAGCCCGUCUUCAGCGCGGCCCUUCUGUCUCUGUCUCCGAAAUCCCAAGGGAAGCGCCGCGUGACACACUGCAAAGAGGAAGGGUACGUGAAGAUGUUCCUCCGCGGCCGCCCCGUCACCAUGUACCUGCCCAGGGACCAGGUGGACUCCUACAGCCUGGAGGCCAAGGCGGACCUCCCGCCCAAGAGGCUCAAGCUGGAGUGGGUCUACGGGUACCGGGGCCGAGACUGCCGGAACAACCUGUACCUGCUGCCCACGGGCGAGACGGUGUACUUCAUCGCGUCUGUGGUCGUGCUGUACAACGUGGAGGAGCAGCUGCAGAGGCACUACGCCGGCCACAACGACGACGUGAAGUGCCUGGCGGUCCAUCCGGAUAAGAUCACGAUAGCCACGGGACAGGUCGCCGGCACGUCCAAGGACGGCAAACAACUGCCCCCACACGUGCGCAUCUGGGACUCCGUGACGUUGAACACCCUGCACGUCAUCGGGACUGGGUUUUUCGACCGAGCCGUCACCUGCAUUGCCUUCUCUAAGUCGAAUGGAGGGAGCACCCUGUGUGCUGUGGACGACUCCAACGACCACGUGCUGUCCGUGUGGGACUGGCAGAGGGAGGAGCGCCUGGCGGAUGCCAAGUGCUCCAAUGAAGCCGUGUUCGCCGUGGAUUUCCACCCCACGGACACCAACAUCAUAGUCACCUGUGGAAAAUCACACCUCUACUUCUGGACGCUAGAAGGAAACUGCCUCAUUAAGAAGCAAGGGUUAUUCGAGAAGCAAGAAAAGCCAAAGUUUGUCCUCUGCGUGACUUUUUCCGAAAACGGCGACACCAUUACCGGAGACUCGAGCGGCAACAUCUUGGUGUGGGGGAAAGGUACGAACCGGAUAAGCUACGCCAUCCAGGGGGCCCACGAGGGCGGCAUUUUCGCACUCUGCAUGUUAAGGGACGGCACCCUGGUGUCGGGAGGAGGCAAGGACCGAAAGCUCAUCUCCUGGAAUGGAAACUACCAGAAACUUCAUAAAACUGAGGUCCCAGAGCAGUUCGGUCCCAUACGGACAGUGGCCGAGGGGAAGGGCGACGUGAUCCUGAUAGGCACGACCAGGAACUUCGUCCUCCAGGGCACACUCUGCGGGGACUUCGCAGCCAUCACUCAGGGUCACACGGAUGAGCUCUGGGGACUGGCCGUCCAUGCCUCCAAACCUCAGUUCCUGACCUGCGGGCAUGACAGACAUGCCACCCUGUGGGACGCCAUCGGUCACCGGCCGCUCUGGGACAAAGUCAUAGAGGAUCCAGCUCAGUCUUCUGGUUUUCAUCCUUCAGGGUCUGUGGUUGCAGUCGGGACACUGACCGGGAGGUGGUUUGUGUUCGACACGGAGACGAGGGACUUGGUCACGGUGCACACGGACGGGAACGAGCAGCUGUCCGUCAUGCGGUACUCGCCAGAUGGGAACUUCCUGGCCAUAGGCUCCCACGACAACUGCAUCUACAUCUACGGAGUCAGCGACAACGGGAGGAAGUACACGCGCGUGGGCAAGUGCUCGGGUCACUCCAGCUUCAUCACCCACCUGGACUGGUCUGUGAACUCGCAGUUCCUCGUGUCAAAUUCCGGGGACUACGAAAUCCUUUACUGGGUUCCCUCUGCCUGCAAGCAAGUCGUCAGCGUGGAGGCCACGAGAGACAUUGAGUGGGCCACGUACACCUGCACUUUGGGAUUCCACGUCUUUGGGGUGUGGCCCGAAGGCUCGGACGGAACCGACAUCAACGCCGUCUGUCGGGCCCGCGAGGAGAAAGUCCUGUCCACGGGCGACGACUUCGGCAAAGUGCACCUCUUCUCCUACCCCUGCUCGCAGUUCCGGGCUCCCAGCCACGUGUACAGCGGCCACAGCAGCCAUGUCACCAACGUCGAGUUCCUCUGCGACGACAGCCACCUCAUCUCCACGGGCGGCAAGGACACGAGCAUCAUGCAGUGGCGGGUCGUGUAGCGCCGGCGCGGCCAAGGGAGCGGAGCGGCCCGGGGGCACCGGCUCGGGCACUCGGUCACUGUGAUUUCUGUUUCGCCUGCAAAGUUCUCACAAACCUCAGGAAACCACGCCCUGCGCCGGUUACCUUAGCCUAGCGGGUCGGUGAGCGCCACGUGGGGUCGGCCGUUCAGGUCUCUCACUUGCACCGCGGAUAAAACACAGUUAAUGCAAGAAACCGCCAGGGUUUACGUGACGGCGACGUCAGCAGAUUGGGAUGUGCUCCGUCACCUUUCUACGGACUCCGGGAGCUCGGCCACAGAAUGCCUUUCCAAACGCUGUACGUGGGCUCGCCUCUCUCGCUGUCCGGCUUGCUAAGCCGAGUGUGUGUGACGCGAACGAGCGAGGUACUGAGUCACGGUCCCUGCGGGUCGCUGGCACGGAGGGGUGACCUGAGCGUGCGAGCGGCAGCUGUGACUUCACCUGGUGACGCCGGUGAGGCAGCACGAGCUCCCCCUCCCGGGGGCCCGCGGGCCGGGGGCGGGGCUGACGUCUCCGCAGGGGCAGGGGCACGGCCGCCGUGCACCCUCCUGGACGGCGCCCCCGCGGGUCCCCAUUCGCGCCCCUGAACGGAGACACUUGGCUGCCUUCCUCUGUAUAUUCAUUGGCAUGAUACGGUAUUGUACUUGUAUAGGGUUUUAGCGAUUCAUAAUAAAUAUGUAAGGCUAGGCUUUACUAUUUUAUGCUUAUGGACAAUUGUACAUUUGUACUUUAAGACCAGCUAGACCAAGUCGAAAAGAUACCACACACCUGCAGUGGGAGGAGCCCCGGGGGCACCACGCCGGGUGCUCCGGGCGCCCCGGGCGCCCCGGGCCCCGCCGUCUGUGCCCCGGGGGCUCACCCCGCCGCCCGGGGGGGCGCGUUCCGUUCCGAGGCGUGAGCGCGGGUGGCGUCCGUCUGUCCAGAAGGCCUUACGCAUCUUGAUGUGUGACGGACUGAAAUGUAUUGUUUACAUUGGGGAAUGUAUCGCAGAUUUUAAAAUAGAAGAGUAAUAGACUUAAAAACAGACGUUCAGAUUUUUACUUGUUCCGGGCAAGUCAGGGAACCGAACUGGCUGAGCGGGCCAGCCCCGGUUGCUCAGGCGGCCGAUUCCGCGCGGCGCUGGGACGCAUUCUGGGGACACCUGCGGCCGCUGUGGGGGCGGGGCAGCGGUAAACAAUGUGUAUUAAAGGCGACUCUGUUUGUACGUAUCCUUAUCAAAUAUAUUCUGUAAUGAAAUAAAACCUGAAAGGCGGAUUUCGUAUGGACCUAUAAUCAUGAAAGUAUAUAAAUUAAAAUAUUUGAAAUUAGAUUUGA